UGACGUCACGACAACGGCGCGCUCCCAUUGGCCGGCAACCUCGUCUCGGCGGCGGAGACAUGGAGGUCGCGCAGCGCGGGCUCCGUUGAAGCGCGCGGUUGGGGAGACGAUCGCGAAAUCUCCCCCUCCAACCAACUCUGCUCCCGCACGGCGUGUCCCCACACCACCCUCCCCCCCCAGCAAAGCGACCGGGAGCCAUGAAGAAGGAUGUGCGAAUCCUGCUCGUGGGAGAGCCCAAGGUGGGCAAGACCUCACUCAUUAUGUCCCUUGUGAGUGAAGAGUUUCCAGAAGAGGUGCCGGCCCGCGCUGAAGAGAUAACUAUUCCAGCCGACGUUACGCCAGAAAAAGUGCCCACACACAUUGUUGACUAUUCCGCUGCAGAACAGACAGAUGAUGAUUUGCAAGAUGAAAUUUUAAGGGCACAUGUAAUCUGUAUUGUGUAUGCAGUUGACAAUGAACGUUCCAUUGAAAAGAUCACAAGUAAAUGGGUUCCUCUCAUCAAUGAAACUAUUGAGAAAGAUGAGCGGAUUCCCAUCAUUCUGGUUGGUAACAAGUCUGACGUGGUGGACCACAGCACCAUGGAGGCCAUCCUGCCUAUCAUGAACCAGUACACGGAGAUUGAGACCUGCGUGGAGUGCUCAGCCAAGACGCUGAAGAACAUCUCUGAGGUCUUCUAUUACGCCCAGAAAGCCGUACUGCAUCCUACCGCCCCACUCUACUGCACCGAGGACAAGGAGCUGAAACCAGCAUGCAUCAAGGCCCUGACACGAAUUUUCAGAAUCUCGGACCAGGACAACGACGGAGUCCUGAAUGACACCGAACUCAACUUUUUCCAGAGGACAUGCUUCAACACGCCGCUGGCGCCUCAGGCCCUGGAGGACGUCAAAAACGUGGUGCGCAAAAACACGACGGACGGGGUGGCAGAGAACGGUCUGACGCUCAUGGGGUUCCUGUUUUUGCACACGCUGUUCAUCCAGCGUGGGCGGCACGAGACCACGUGGACGGUUUUGCGACGGUUUGGCUACGAUGACGACCUUGAGCUCACGGACGACUACUUGCACCCACUGCUUAAAGUGCCCCACGACUGCACGACAGAGCUGAACCACAGCGCCUACCUCUUCCUGCAGAGCAUCUUUGAGAAGCACGACCUGGAUGGCGACGGCGCGCUGAGCCCCGAAGAGCUGAAGGAUUUGUUCGGCGUCUUCCCGUACAUGCCCUGGGGUCCCGACGUCAACAGCACGGUCCCCACCAACGACAAGGGCUGGAUCACCCAGCACGGAUACAUGGCGCAGUGGACGCUGACUGCCUACCUGGAUGUCCGUCACUGCCUGGAGUACCUGGGGUACCUGGGCUACCCGUUGCUCACUGAGCAGGAGACGCAGACAUCUGCCAUUGUGGUGAUGAGGGAUAAGAAGAUUGACCUGCAGAAGAGGCAGACUCAGCGCAGCGUGUUUCUGUGCCACGUCAUCGGCGCCCGCGGAUCAGGAAAGAGCGCUUUCCUUCAGGCCUCCCUGGGCAGGAACAUGGCCAAGCAGAAACAACUGAGAAGCGAUCACUGUUCUUUCUAUGCCAUAAACUCGGUGCAAGUGUACGGACAGGAAAAGUACCUGCUGCUGCAUGAGAUCGAUACGGAGUCCGAUCUGCUGACCUCAGCCGACACGGCGUGCGAUGUGGCCUGCCUCCUGUACGACGCACACAACCCCAAGUCCUUCGAGUACUGCGCGACCGUCUUCAAGCAGCACUUUGCGGAGCGACGCGUGCCGUGCCUGGUGUUGGCCAACAAGGCGGACCUGCGCGACUCGCUCUCGGGCGCCUCCUUCCUGCAGAGCCCCGCCGAGUUCUGCCGCAAGCACCGGCUGCCGCCGCCGAUGUCCUUCACGUGCAGCACGGGCAACAGCCCCGCCAGAGACAUCUUCAUCAAGCUCGCCACGCUCGCCGCUUACCCACACCUGAACGAUUCUGACCUCAAGAGCUCUUCGUUCUGGCUGCGCGUGAGCUUGGGCGCCACCAUCAUCACCGUGCUGGGCAUCACGAUCUACAAGGCACUGACGCGGGUGCGGUGAUGCCCCCCAGCCUUCACGCGAGUGAGGGGGGGGGGUGCCCUCGUCUGUUUUCCUGGCGAGCGAAUUCCAACAAACCCUCCACCGGCCGACCGGCUGGGCAGCUGGCCGACCGCCCGAUUGGCCGGCCAGCCGGCUGGCCUAGCACGCUUGCCACAGCAGACACACACAUGACGUUGCAGUCCACAGCCAAGACUCGAAAACAAAUGUUGCGCUUGCACAAGUUGGUUUGGUGUGAUCGCACAGACACAAAACAUUAGUCCUGUGAAGAAAGCUUAAGGAAAAGGGGCUUGUUCAUGCAAUGAUUCAACUCCAUCGCGAUUUGAUGAAUGGUCGCGAAUCAGGGUUGUGGCUCGUUUAACGACUCGAUUAUUGAAUUUUUGCCGCUUAUGAAUGUCGAGCCUCGAGUGCAAGGGUGUCCCGGCUUUUGUGCAUUUAGGGCCGGAUUGACUGACAUUGCUGAGGGCUGUAGGCCACAGACAUAAACUAAACAAACACAAACAUGAGAUCAGAUAUAUUUUGAGACAGGCUGAUAGGAGAGAGAAGUAUUCACAGGAGAUGUGAGGAAGAUGGGAGAGAUGUAUUUGUUCAGGAGAGGUAGGGAAAUGAUUUGUAUUCAUGAGAAGGGAGAUAUGUCUUCAUGAGUGGUAGAAUAUAGAUGUGUAUUCAGCAGAGAUAAAACAGCGAUAUGAGACAUUGAGCAGAGGUCCAUAAGGGAGAUAUAUGAGAGAUGUACUCUGAAUAGAUUUGAGAUAGGAAAAGAGAUACCUUCAGAGAAGAUGUGAGAAUAGAAAGGAGAGAGAUUGGAGAGGAAUAUAUUGAUACUUAUGUUUUCACUCCCCAUGACCAGACCCGCAACCAUCCACCACCCCAUAGCCACAGAUCCAACAUGCUGACCAAGACAGUUCACUUAAUUAUUUCUCAAAAUGUUUCUAGUAUUAAUUUCACGUUAAGGCCACAGCAAGCCAUGUUAAAUGACCGAUUUUAGCCCGUGGGCUGUAGUUUGGACAACCGUACUCUGGUGGCUGCUCGUGUCACGUGAACCAAUCCCGCAUAACUUGUACCAGUAGUCAACAAACGAUUCUUAUGCACGCGAUUCUACACACGUGUCGCGAGCCUAAGAAUCGAUUGCUUUCGAUAAAGAGAUGCAUCGUGACAUGCAUACACAACGGGAGGUAGUUUAAAGAGAAACGAACACGGGCUUGUUGUCAAGUUUGUAACUCGCGCAGUAAUAAACAUAAAAGAAGUUCGGCUGGGCGUCGCCAGUGGCGACUUCAGAGGUCGGACUUAAUCAAGACCUUUGUGUAGUUCUUGUCAACAGGAUCCAGUUGGACUCUGAUCCAAAGCAGUUAAGUUCUAUCCAGGUCUGAUGUGAACCGAUGCUCUGGUGUAAACACAGAUAUCUGCAUGCAGCAGACACUCCCAUUGCUGUGCCAAGCCCUGCCCAAGCCCAGGUCAGGAUCACCCGGCAGUCUUUUUUGUCUGUUGCGCACAAAAACAUACCCCGGUGUUCACAACUCCGCUGAAGGGCUCGGCGUUUUUUUUUCCGAAUGCGAGAAACGCGCAUUCACUUUUGCCGAGUGCAGCCUGAAUACAACACAAGGUGCACAACGCACCGACGAUCAUCAGCCAUAUUUAAGUCGGUGAAGGUACCCCUCCGCGAACUGGAUUACCCGCGUAAAUGUAGGCAGACUAAAUCCUGAGUGCUAAAAUUGCCUGAAUAUCGCCCCCCACCCCCCGGGAACCGGCCGCUUGCUAAUCUCGCAAACACUUUAACAAUAACACGCCAUGCAAACCGGUCACGAUGGAUGGACCCCUGUUAAUUUGUGGUGGUAGGGAGUGGGUGGGUAAAGCUGAGAAUUUUAUUUAGCAAGGUUAAUAUGCAUGUUAUCAUCAGUCCUCUUAACACACCUGUCCGGCAGUAACCAAAUAAUUUUCCCAUUUAUUUUAUGCCGAGCGCAUGGGCGUGCGAAUUUUACAACGUCUCUUUAAAAAAAAAAAACACUGCCCUCCAAUUUCUGUAUAAUGUUCUAUUAGUCCCGGGUGCCAUAAUGAGAUGUCUGUACAUAUUGAGUGUACGUGUAUAGAUUUUCCAGGAUCUAUGGCAUUCAGUUACCUAUACCAGUUUUUUUUUUCCACUGUACAACCGAGCCAUGUCCGAGCCGGCCCCAGGAUGCGCCAGGUUUUUUCUACAGCAGCACACAAGCCGGACCGCUGACGUUAACACACGAUGAACGAGUCAAGCGGUGUGCAUAUGUGACGUGGCGAUGCUGUGUUCCAGUAAUUUACUAACUGAUGUCGCACGCAGUGAAUUAAAUGAUUGACACUGCCCCUGGCCAGUCUUGGCCCUCGAGCCAGAUGCAGAUGGGAUCCAGAUUGAGAAAUAGUUGUGAGGUCAGCUUCAUGGCUUAGCCCCUGGGUUCGGCGUGGCAAGUCGCCCAAUGGAAACUACUUGUACCGCGAAGGCCCCCUCGCUGGCACGGCUCGGAUGGGCCAGUGGAAAUAGGUAUAUUGGAGGAGCGAAGCAAUCUGUACGGCGCACAACCAUUGAAAGGGAGCGCGAGGUGCUAACAUGUGCGCUAGGUUUUAAAGAUAAAUUCUUAUUUUCCCAUACGUGUGGCUUUUUCUAUGCUUAGAAUUCUCACCAUUUGAAGAUGGAAUGCUGGGAUUGGCGGGCGGGGGGGGGGGGCAUAUUUGAUUGCUUUUAAAUCAAAUGUGGAAACCUUGAGAAUGUUUGCUGUAAUUUCACGUCGCUCUCUCGCGCCUUCUGUCUGUACAUAACAAACGUUCUCCUGGUCACAGCCACCGGACGCUGUUAAGUUGCUGUGAAUCGUCUCACCUCGAGCAGUUCUGAAAUUGCACCUUUGUGAAUGUAGGCCGUUUAUUUAUGCAGAUCGCUGGUAUUGACUUGGGCUUGAUUUUGUCUUUCCCUCUUCUCGUUUAUUUGGCGAACGCUGUCUUGAUUACGCCCCCCCUGUCGCGCGAGCAGCCCACCGCACACCCGGGUGAGACGUGCCCUGCGAUGUCUCGAAGAAGUGAGCAAAAAUACAAAAAACGUCUCUUCUUUUG